UAUGGCGCCUAUUUUGGUUCGUUUUUAAAAUUGUUGAUUUUUAAUUUAUUUAUUUGGAUAAAUAUCUCAUAUUGCGGUUGUAUUCGUUAAGUUUGGAAGCGUAUUGAAUAGUAGUACACCCCAAUAACUAGUACAUUUAGUUUUAUUAUUUGAUCAGCGGGUAAAUCAUAAAAUGAACUCAGUAAAUAUAUUGAAGUUUUGCAGCAGGUGUAAUGCAACAUUCCGCUCAAAAUAUCAAAUCGGCCCAACGUUGACCCGACCCCCCGCAGCGAACCUCCAUACCAACCAUCGAAACCAACAGUUAAACAGAGCGAGUGCGGAGAUGAGAAUCGCAAACCUGACGCAGAAACAAGGCCUCGUUCGUAACGAUGUUUCAAGGGUGUUACCGCUCACUUUUCGAAAAGGAAGAAACCUCGAGAAAUGGAAAGAGCGUCAGAAACCUCAUCAACUUAAAUUUGAAAAAGAAAUUGAAAUAACUGACAAACCUGUUGAUGAUGUUUAUUUGAAUGAAUUGUAUCGUCCGCAAAUUAAAGGCGUUUAUGAAACUGUGAAACUACUGAAGAAAUACACAGUACUUGAUUAUAUUAAACAAGAUUCUGUGGUUUUGUUGCAACUUGACCUUGUUGAGAAUUAUGUUGGGAAAGGAAAAAGAAAAAAGCUUUUAAGUUUCUUUGACACCGCUGACUUGCCCCACCCAACCAACAUCAGGAAUAAAGUUUGCCUUUUUACCGACAUUGAGGAGCAAGUUGAGCUUGCGUUGGAUAACGGGGCGGUGGCUGCGGGAGGGAACGAGCUUAUUUAUAAGGUUUUGAGCAACAAAGUUGUUUGCGACGCUUAUUUGAGCACACAAGUGUUCAGCGAGAAUGUAAUUCAAUCGCACAAAGGUCUUCACGACAAACUUGGUCGAAUGAAACCGAGCAAAAAGUGGGGAACGAGCGAUGAUUUCGUUGAACACUUGAGGGCAUUGGUCACAAAAACUAUUUACCAGAAUUAUUCGAAUGGUUUAAUUUGUAAAUUAAAAGUUGGGAGGUUAAAUCAAACAGCAGAAGAACUGACAGCAAACAUUGAAUUUAUGAUUCGUCAUAUCACGUCCAAAGUUCCCGUUGCAAGAAAGAAAGGAACAAACGAUAAACAACUUGUGGAAAAAGCUUCAAUAUCGUGUUUCACUGAAUUACUAACAAUGGAUAUUACUCAACUGUUUCCCGAACCAACAGAGGAAUCAGAGUUUAAUUAACUUUCGCUGGGAAUUAAAAACAUUUAUUUCUGGUUUAAUUUCUUACUCAAAGUUUUUGUCACUGUCUUAGAUAUUCCUUAAAAUUUCUUAAAAUCUUGAAAAUCUGUUUCACUUUCAAAUGUUUUUGUUAAUUUGAAAACCCAAACAUUGUCAUCAUUUUCCACACAUGGUUUGUUUUACAGAA